ACUAAAAAUUUUUGAUGGCGUUGUCAAAUGUCAAACACGAACGACAAGUGGUUGGAUCAAGUGAUCCACAGCUAGUUAUUUUAUGUUCGGUAUUUUUUUCUUCCACAUAAGCCAACAAUUUUAAUCGUCGUUAAAUCACUCCCGUGGGCAACAAUCUGUUAACAAAAUGCGCCAACUACGCGGCAAGGUGAAAGAGACACGCAAACAGAAGAAGGAACGCAAAUUGGAGAAUGUGGCCAUACAAAAUCAAAUGAAGACCGUAGUUCUACCGGCAGUUUGUGUGCUCGCGCUGCUCAUUAUUGUCUUUGUUUAUAUUAAAACGCGACCAGACAUCGACGUGUAAAUAUUGGAAUGGAAUAUGGAAUUGUACGUGUCCAGAUAUGUGUGCCUUCAAAGGCGUAAAUAGACCCAGCUUUACCGUCCCAGGCCGAAAGAAUUUGAUAAUUACUUGUGGCAGUCACACAAUGCUCAAAAAUCCGCGCAUUUCCGGUUAUGUGUGGACAUUUUUUUGAAGUAAAGUACGACAUAUUUUAGUGCUGAUUUUGAGUUACGAAUUUUCAAAUCUAAUAGUAAGUAAGGAGAUGAGCAGCUAAAGUUUCCGUUUACACAUCCUUUUUUUAAUUAGAUGUAUAUACAAAUUUAAAAUUAGAUGCACAUUAAUUAAUUAACUGUAAUAGAGACUAUUGCUAAAUUAAUUUGUUCAAGCGUUCAAAUAACAACUUGUUGAAUGUCUCCUAUAAUUCUAGAAAUAUCAGGUAAAUGUAAUUAAAAAUGUAUGGAAAAAAGACGUUGUGCAUAUAUCUAUUAGCCGAGGGAUCUGUGGCCACAUUUUUCAUAUUUCCUGUUUUUUAACUUUUUAUAUAGACAUUUAUACGUGUAUAGAUAUAAUAUUAUUUAUGUAGUUGGUACGUACACUUGACUAAACAGUAUGUUACAUUUUGUUGUUUAAAUCUAUUUAUGGAAGGCAUCAGCAGCCUGUUGAGAUAAUCAAAUAUAUAUAAAAUUGUAUAUUUUUAAUAUCAAAAA